CUGAAUAUGAAGUCACAAAUAUCCUUCCUGCUGAUGCUGCUUUCCAUGAACAUUGUCCGGGGUGGCGAAGGCUUUUAUCCUGAACGAUUUCAGAAACAAUCUAGCGUGCCAAUGAAAGGGCCAGCUUUCCUACCUUUCAACAUGAAAAGCCAUGUUAUACAGACAAGAGGAGAACAAGGGCCACCUGGCCCAGCUGGCCCUCCUGGCCCAAGAGGACUCCCAGGCCCUACAGGAUCUCCAGGGAAACCAGGAUAUGGAAGCCAAGGGCCUCCAGGGCCACAGGGUCCCCCAGGACCACCAGGACGUUCAGCUCUUGGAAAGCCAGGGCUGCCAGGUUUACAAGGAAACCCUGGGGACAGAGGACUGUCAGGAGAAAAGGGAGACAUGGGGGCUGCUGGUCUUCCUGGCCCAAGAGGUCCCCCAGGGGCCCCCGGGAUUCCUGGUCCCGCUGGGAUUUCUGUUGCUGGCAAACAAGGACUUCCAGGGCCACAGGGUCUGAGGGGUGACCCUGGAGAAAAAGGUGAGCCAGGUGUUUCUGGUAUAAAUGGACAGAAGGGAGAAACUGGGUAUGGGGCUCCAGGUCGUCCAGGGGAGAGAGGUUUGCCAGGGCCACAGGGGCCUGCAGGGUCACCAGGACUUGCAGGAAUAGGGAAGCCUGGGGAAAGGGGAUUUCCAGGUCAACCAGGUAACAAAGGGGACCGUGGUUUACCAGGCACUCCAGGACCAGUUGGCACCUCAGGCCCCCAAGGACCUCCUGGGGAACGCGGAGAACCAGGAAUAGGAAAACCUGGGCCCAGUGGAUCACCAGGUUUACCAGGCAUUCCUGGGGCAAAAGGUCUCCCAGGGCCUGCUGGCUUGACUGGUCCCCCUGGUCUCCCAGGGUUUGGAAAACCAGGGUUGCCUGGGAUGAAAGGAAACAGAGGCCCUGAAGGUCUUCCUGGCAUCCCAGGAGCCAAGGGAGAACAAGGCCCCACUGGAGCCUCUGGGGAACCAGGACCAGCUGGACCCCCAGGAACUAUGGGUCCUCAAGGGCUCCGGGGUAUAGCUGGAGAAAGUGGUAUGCCUGGCCUAAAGGGUGAAAGAGGUCCUGCAGGCCCAGCAGGGUUCCCUGGCAUUAAAGGAGAGCGGGGUCUACCAGGAUCAGAUGGAAAACCAGGGUUUUCAGGGGAACCAGGACUUCCUGGCCCCAAAGGGCAGCCAGGUUUGCCAGGUCCUAAAGGAGAUACUGGUCAUACUGGACCUCCUGGCCUUCCUGGACCAAUGGGUGCCUCAGGACCUAAAGGAGCAGAAGGAAUUGAUGGUGAGCCCGGGCCAAGAGGGUCACCUGGAAUACCAGGUACAAGAGGACCAGUUGGUCCUCCAGGUAUUCCAGGACUCCCUGGCAGUAAAGGGGAAACUGGUGCACCAGGAUUACCAGGUCCAGCUGGCAUCGCUACAAAGGGCUUAGAUGGGCCUAUGGGACCCCCCGGACUUCCAGGUCCCAAGGGCCACAGUGGGGAGCCUGGAUUGCCUGGCCCUCCGGGUCCCCCAGGUCCCCCUGGUCCAGCUAUCCCACAAGGUCAGGCCUUGGCAGGUGUCCCUGUUAUGAAAGCUGGAGGUGCAAUUCAAGGCUUAACUGGUAUGCCUGUCUCAGCUUUCACUGUCAUUCUUUCAAAAGCUUACCCUCCAUCAGCUGCCCCCAUUAGAUUUGAUAAGGUUCUGUACAACAGGCAACAGCACUAUGAUCCCAGGUCAGGCAUCUUCACUUGCAGGAUACCAGGACUUUACUACUUUGCUUACCAUGUUCAUGUGAAAGGGACACAUGUUUGGGUUGGCCUGUACAAAAAUGGUUCACCCAUCAUGUACACAUUUGAUGAAUACAAGAAAGGAUACCUUGAUCAAGCUUCUGGUAGUGCUGUUGUUGAUCUAAUGGAAAAUGAUCAAGUCUGGCUGCAGCUACCCAACAAUGAAUCAAAUGGCCUCUUUUCUUCAGAGUAUGUCCAUUCCUCUUUCUCAGGUUUCUUAUUUGCACAAAUAUAGUAGCUCAUUAAAAACAAGGUUUUAAAGGAGUAUCUUAUUAUGUAUUUCAUACUGCUAGGUGUCUACUAGCAACUGAACACAGAAUUAAAUUUCUAAGACAAAUGUUGCAUGAUGCAUAUCUUAGGUGCUAUUUUUAAAAGCCAUUUUAAAGGGUAAUGUAAUUAUUCACACAUUAUGCCACAUGUUAUUGCAAUACCCAGAUAUGUAUUUUAUCUGUCCAAAUACAGAAAUAUUAAUUAUAAUUGCCAAGAUUAGGUCUUAGAAAAGGGUAUAAUUAUAUCCUGCAUAAACCUUCUCAUUCAUGAUAUGUAGAAAGGAAGCACUAGUAUAAGUUUAAUCCUGCCAUCCUAUUUUUGAAUUAUGUGAUUAAUAACACUGGUGUCUACUGCAGGUUACGUGGCUUGAGGAUUGUAGU